AUGCAGCAGCCUGCACUAGCCCCAGCGCCGCAUCCAAGCAUGCAAACUUCUGCUCAGGAUCAUACUGAUCAGAUGCUACAUGAUCAGCUUCUAGCUGCUCAGCAGCAUCUGACACAUCCCCAGCAAGCGCGUCCUCAACCGCCUCCGCCACAAGCCCCUCAUAUGCAACCCAAUAACACGAGUCCGCGCGACCAGAACAACAUUGACCCGGCGAUUUCGGGGGCGUCUAUGCUCAGUGGGCCUCCGCAAACUCCCCCGCAACCAGAACCGACGGGGCCGGAGUCCCCGAAGAGUUAUGGCAAGCGACCGUUGUCUACCUCCAAGCGUGCCGCCCAGAACCGAGCCGCCCAGAGGGCAUUCCGUCAACGGAAGGAAAGCUAUAUCCGCAAGUUGGAGGAGCAAGUCAAGGAGUACGAUAACAUGUCGGAUGGCUUCAAGGCCCUGCAGGCCGAGAAUUAUCAGCUCCGCGAGUACAUCAUCAACCUGCAAUCUCGGCUACUCGACUCCCAAGGCGAGGUUCCAGAAUUGCCAGGAAACAUUGACCUGAGCCAGCCGCGGACGGAUUUGAACGUCGCCAGUGGCGCCGGGUCGGCACAGAAUGCCGCCAACGCCGCCUCUUCUGGCCCUCAGCAACCCCAGCCCAACCAGAACCAGGCCGCCGGGUCUAACGAUGAUAUGAACUCCCUGAAUCGGAUAGCGAGUGCCGGUCUCGGGAUGCGCAAGCACCCUAACGAGGACGCAAACUACCUGGGAAAUAACUUUGGAGUCCGUCGCCCUCGUGCGGACGAGAACCAACCGGACGGCUCAGAAGCGACCAAGACGGAGCCUGCGCAUGGGCUACCUGUCGUGUCAUGA